CUGCAGGCCGAGUUUCUCCAUCCCUUGGCAAUAAGACAGACUCUUGUUUUCACAGCCAGUCGAUCACCCAGUGUCAUCACCCUGCCUGCUGGCUGGGCAGGGUAACUCCUCAGGUCACCACCCUCUCCAGCUUGCCUUGGGUUUGGAGAGUGAGGAGAAGGGUGGGGGACGACACUGAACAUCCUCCAUCCAUCGCUCCAUCACCUAGAGCAAGACAAGGCCCAGCAGCUCACGUUCCUGCAGGCCAUCCACCCCACAUGUCUCGCUGCACACCAGAGGGCAGGACACGCUGGAGCCGCACUGCUGCAAGGCGGCUGUGGUGGAGAGGAUUGUGGAGCUCGUUGAGGAGCUUCCUGAAAACUCUCCACCCGGCGCCGUCCUGGCCAACUCCCUGAUUGCUGUGGGGAAUCUCAGCACCAUGACACCUGCCCUGGAGCCGGAGCUGGAGACCCACCUCCUUCGCGCUGCCCUUCUUGCCGUGUUCACCCUGGGCACGGAGAAGGACGCCACCCAAGUCCAGGAUCUGCUUAGGGUCUUGCCAGACAUCCUGGAUGCCAUGCUGGGGAAUCUGCUGGCAGAGUCCCCAGGCACCGACAGGCUCCACUACAUCUUGGAGCACAUUAACUACUGGAUCAUGUCCAGGGUGUCGCGAGAGAGAACCAGGGCCAUUAGGAGCAGCAUGGCCCUGCUUAGAUCCACUAUCACCCUCCCUGAGUUCAGUAACUCAGCCAAGUUCCCCAGGAUGGGUCACCACGUGUCACAGCUGGCUCUGUUCGUCAGUGACCCAUCCAUGGACAUCAGCCAGCGAGCCAGGGAGGGGGUUUACCGGCUCUACCAGCUGCUGCUUCACCAGAGGGGCCUGACCAUCCACGAGGCCGAAGACCUGUGGGUCUGGGACUGGCACCAGGACAGCAGGCUCCUGGGCUACAAGACCACAGCCAGGGUUGGGGAGGUCUUCGGGAAGUUCUUCUCGGAGGGGCAGAGAAGAUUCUUCCUCCAGACAGCAGUGCUGGCCAUCCACCACCCCCUGCUGCAUGUCAGCCAGGCUGGCCUGCUCCUCACCUACUCCCUCCUAGGCAAAGGCCAGCAGCUGAUGGGGGACAAGGUGAGCAGCUGCAUUAGACUCAGGAGAUUGGGGCAGGGCCCAGGCCUCAUUCCCAUCCUACGGCCAUUCGCUGGCCUGGCAGCAAGGAGCCUGGUGGGGAAUGAGGGCUCUGUUCCAGCUUCUCACACAGAUAUAUCCUGCAGCCAGCCCAGCUCAGGGAACAGUGAGGACAGGUCACCUCAUCCUGUCAAACCAAGCAACAUGGGUCUCAUUGAGGCUCAGAUGGAAGAUCCCAUGCAUCUCCUGGAGGAGCAGAUCUUCCCGGGGGGCGGGAAAGCUGGGCUCCGUGGAAGUGGCUGCAGGGGCUGGAUGCUCUCGGAGCCUCUCCCAAGACUCGUUCAGCAACAUGCACUUGUGGCUGGAGGAGACCAGCCGCUACGCCAGCGAGAAUGGCAACAAGCUGAUCUGACCUUCAAGAAGGAAGACACGGAAGUGCUGGAGGUGCCGUUCCUGGAGACCGGCCCCAAGAACACCACCAACAUGGAGCAGGCCUCCGUCACCAUGGCAGCCGAGCUCAAGAAUCAUCCUUUGGAGGGGCUCAAGCCGCUCCAAACCCCCGGGGAAGGAACCCCUGAAUGCCGGAGGCUACACAGCUCAGCAUCUUCCCGGCAGGUGUUGGAAGUGGUUUCUUGUUACGGCAACACAGCCACCCAGCCUACGGAGUGA